AAAACAAUGUUACUAUGGUGACAUUGUACUAUGAUAAAAGCAUUUACAAAAAAAAACUCAGAUCACAGCUAUUCACCAGCCCACUGGUCACCAACGUCAAUAGUAAACACCAGGGGCGGACUGACCGUUUGAGCACUCGGGCACUGCCCGAGGGCCCGGGGUCAGUAGGGGGCCCCAUGAGAUGCCCCUGGUACCUUUCAUAGGCUGUUUUGGUUGUAGUUUGAGUGUGGGCGAGGACACGGGCCCCAUAAUCCCCUAUUGCCCGGGGGCCCCAU